AUGUCAUUUGAUAUUAAUUGGGAUAAACUCACAGAAGAUAACUCUCUCAAUGAGGUGAUUCAAGAGUUUUUAGAUGAGCAAUUCCAAAAAAUUCAAUUGCCGUCAUUCAUAUCUGAUUUAAAAGUGGCGGAAUUUAAUUUGGGUACCAUCCCGCCGGAGAUCACCAUUCGACAUAUUUGUGAUCCAUUUGAGGAGUUUUAUGAAGAAGAAUGUCCUGAGGUUAAAGCUGAAAAAUUGGAAACCCACCCAGAAGAAGAAGAAGAAGAUCAAACUGCGUCUAAACAGGACGAGGAUGAGGAAGACUACGAUGAAGAAAACGACGAAGAAGAUGACGAUGCUCUAUUUCAGUCCAUCACCGAAGAUGUGAGUCUUCUCAACAUUAACAGGCCCCUUGAUGUAUCUCCGUCGACUCCAUUGAGAGCCACACCAUUCAACCCUAGCCCCUCGCCCCCUCUGAGACCAUUACCUCCACUCAGAACCCAUGAUGCAUAUCAUAGUUAUAACAAUAUAAUUGGGUUAGGAACUCAACCAGCAACAGGGUCAGACACACCUACAACUAUCCUAAACCCGAAUCUUAGGGCCCCAAGGAUAUACCAUAGAAGAAAGUCACCCAAUAAGGGAAACAAUGAUUUACAACUAAUUGUGGAAAUUAAUUAUAAGGGGGACGUUCACAUAAAUUUACUAGUUAACUUGUUAGUCAAUUAUCCUGCACCAAAUUUCAUUACAUUACCUAUUAAGCUACAUGUUACCGAUUUGGUUAUCCAUUCCAUUUGUGCAUUAGCAUAUCUCAAAAAGAGUGUAUUCUGGACUUUUUUGUGUGAUAUUACUGAUAUUAAUCCUAUGGAUUAUUUCACGAAUAAUCUUGGAAAUUUACAAAGAACAGAAUCAAAUAGACUGAAUUCAGGUGCCAAUUUUGUCGAUUAUUACAAUGAAUCAACCCCAAACUCAAACAAGGAACGAAUUGAUAUUAUUAAAAAAGUGAAAAUUGAGAGUGAAAUUGGAGAAGUUGAACAAAAUGUAUUGAGAAAUGUUGGGAAAGUUGAAAAAUUUCUUGUAGAAAAGUUGAGGAAUAUACUUCGAGAGGAGAUGGCCUGGCCUAGCUGGAUUUGCUUUGAUUUGAAUGACCAAGAAGACCUGGAUGAAGAGGGAAGUGAUAAUUAG